AUGUCUCAGUCCCAAGUGUCCUUUUACUCUGAUUCCUUUAUCGAUCCCGAUCUUCGUCAAUCAGAUGACCUUCCUGAUUUACCAAGCAGUCAAUCGACCGAGACUUCUAAUUCUUUCACUCCCCUUCCCCAAUUGUCAUAUGCGCCGAAAUCACUUGAGCGCGUCGGAUCUACACUUCGAAAAUUCUGGAUUCUCUACGCUAGUGAGCCCGAGAUGGAAGACUCCCGGAAGCAGUUUGUGGAAUGGUGGUUAAACACUUUGUUUGGAUCGACCCCGCAAUGCCGCGAUAGCUUACAUUGGGAUGGGAAAAAAACCUCGGUACUUUGGGAACAUUUUGAACAGGUUGCAAACGAGAAGACUGGCGAGCCUAGGGUUAUGUGUAAGCGGUGUUGUACAACCCUUACUCAUCCAGGUCAUAAGCGUACAGGGACCUCUGCGCUUAAAGCACAUCUGAAAGGGGGUACCUGUCGCUUAGAGGAAAGGAAGCGAGGAAUCGACCAAUUAUUCCGUAAUUUACCGCGGGUACCAACAAAAGUCUUCACCAAUGAUUUUCUCCAGCGAAAAAUUCUCAAUUUUAUUACCACCGCCCGUCUCCCAUUUCGGAUUAUUGAACACCCUGAGUUCAAAGACCUCCUUGAAGCUGCCCAGCUCUCUGAAUCCCGGCUUGAUAUUCCUUCUGCGCGGACUAUCAGACGGCUUUUAGACGACACUGUCCGGGAACAGCAAAGAAAUGUGCUUAGUAAACUUCCAAAAGGAAGCCAUCUCUCAAUUGCACUUGACUGCUGGACAUCUCCCUUUUCCCAGGCAUUCAUGGCAAUAACUGGAUAUUUUCUUGAUCAAGAAUGGAAUUACUGCGAGGUUCUUCUUGGGUUUGAGCAUCUCCAAGGAUCGCAUACCGGUGCUCAUCUAAGUCAGAAAGUGAUUCAAAUACUCCAGGAGCAUAAUAUCAAUGAUCGGGUAUUAUCAAUUACCACGGAUAAUGCAUCGAAUAACAACACCAUGAUGCUAGGUGUCCAAGAGAUGGUUCAAUCGCAUGUUCUCAGUGAGACGUCUGUCUUCCGGAUUCCAUGUAUUGCGCAUGUUAUCCAGCUGAGCCUAAAAGAUCUACUUGGAAAGAUAAAAGCGAAUCCAACCAAUAAGGAGGCGGAGUCUGAGUGGCCUGAUGCACGUAUGCAGUCACUACAGACUAACUCCCGGCGGCCAACAAGAGAUAUUGUGAUAACCUUAAAGAAGAUUCGAGAGCUCGCUGUCUUUAUCAAUGCUAGUCCGCAGCGCAGAGAAGCUUUUCUUACUCUUCAGACUACUGAGCCUAAGCUUGUUCCGAUCCAAGAUGUUCGCACACGCUGGAACUCCACCUUCCUCAUGCUCAAUCGUGCCAGGGAAUUACAAUCCGUCUUCGAUCGGUACUGUAUAGCAUAUCAACACGUUCAGUUCAAGCUUGAUCAAGAGGAAUGGCGCCAAGUCGAAUAUUUGCUUCUGGUCACUAAGCCUUUCUAUGAUUUUACUAGUGUAUUAUCAAAGACCAGAGACGUUACUGUUCACCAUGUCUUCAGUAUCUACAAUCGGCUGUUUACCCAUCUUGAUGACGCUGAGAAGAAACUGAAACGUAAAGCUGCCCCAUGGAAAAGGAGUAUGCUUCAGGCGCUUCGAUCGGCAAAGAGAAAACUUUUAAAAUACUACACUGCAACGGAAAAUGAGCCAUAUGGCAUAGUCUAUGCGAUUGCAACUAUUCUCUGUCCGUCAAAAAAGCUUCGAUACUUUGAUAACGCGGAUUGGAGGGGGAACAAUGGGAAAGGGGAGGAAGUCGAUUUUACGAAGCAUUACCGGGAGGUUUUACAGAAGGAGUUCAAGCGAUAUCAGCAGCAAUUUAGCCAGCAAACAGUACCGGCUGAUAGCCAAGAAACCGUGGAUGCCGCUCAAAAUGAGCUUGAGCUAUUAUGUGAACCAGAGACUGCGCUCCGAGCUGAAGUGGAUCAGCGGGAAGAUGAGUUGACACGUUAUUUGGCCAAAGGCAAAUAUUCUCCCAUUACUUAUACCAUGCGAAAGCUAAUUGAUGCUACAGGGCUCACAAAGGGUAACCCUCGGCUCUUCUGGAAGGGACAUGAGCGCGAGUAUCCGAUCCUUGCAAAGAUUGCACGAGAUAUCCUCUCAGUUCCUGCGAGCGGUGCUGGUGUCGAGCGACUCUUUAAUUGUGCUCGGGAUGUCUGUCACUAUCGUCGGGGACAGUUGAAGCCAGACACAAUAAAAGGCCUAAUGCUUCAUCUCUUCUCGUCCAAGUUUGAUCUUGAACAAACCGAACUAGAGAUGAUCAAAGGUUAUUUGUCGGUCGGAGAGGUUGCAAUGCUUGAUCUGACAAGGAAGUCUGUUCCGCCGCUCAAUGAAGUCGAACCGAUCAGUGACAACGAAGACGAGGGUUGCGAAGCAGAAAGUACAUUUGAGGAUGACACAGAUGAAUCUGAUAAUGAGGCCGAAGAAGAGUUAUCUGCCACGCAGUCCGUAGCUCAAACUAGGCAGAUACAGCAGAAGCGGCGUCGAAGUAAGACCUCUGAGGCUCUAGAUGAUGCUGAUAAUGGUCUCCCACUUCCGGUGAUGCCAAUUGAGGAGAAGACGCAGGCUAGGCCAGGAAGGGUUCGGAAGAAACCUAAGUUACCGGAGGGAUUUGAGAUUGAUAAGCUGUGA